AUGUCUUUUGACGGAUUCCCUCCUUUCAUAUCCGCUCAGCUCCAUUAUCUCCUCAAUCACUACCCUCACAGGAUCCAGAUUGAACAGGCAUGGUCAGGCACCAGGUACUUCCCUGGAAGGGAUAUCAUAUACAAUGCUGAAUUUCCAUUAGCUGCGCCAGAUGUUAUAUUUGGUCCUGAGGAUGAAAAUUUCCAUCCAUUUCAUGUGGUGGGUGGUGAAGAAGAGGAUUCGAUGCUAGUUAAGAACAGUUUGACUGAUUGGAACAAUAAAGAUCCUACACGGCUGUUGGCUCUCGUAAUGGAAUUGAGGGAAAAAUACAGGUCUUACCAGGAGAAACUCGUUGGAGAAGUUGACGAUGAUAGGUUGAAGUUUGAAAUUAGUACUAUUGUAUCUAGGGAGAAAAGGUUAUUGCAUUGCUACUUUGUUGUCCCUGCUUUUCUUUGUACUCAUGGUGAUAGUUUUCUGCAUGCCACUGAAACUCCAGUCACUGUGCUGCAGGGAAUUGAAAUGCAUAUGAGCUCAGGUGUAGAAAAGCCAGAGGAGGUUAGAUUUGGAGUGCCUUUAAUGGACAUGAAUAUAAACAAAAUGGUGCCUGCAUGCCCCUGGAGACAUCCGCAAAAGAUACACUUACAGGUUAUAUAUCCUGUUGGUAGAAAGUAUGCAUCUGCUUCUUCAGCACCUCGUCUGAAAUUAAUGUGCACUCCAGAGUUGAAAGUCCUAUUUUCCAUCGAUGAUGUGAAACUUCCUUCAUGGUUGGAUGGAAUGUGUAUGGCUGAAUAUCUUCCCCACCUGGAAGAACUUCUCCAGAGACAGGUCUUAGAGGCAGUUACAUUAAUUGAUGUUAGAAGGCAGUUUAUUGAGACCUUAGCCCCACUGCUUGGAAGGCCGCUAGAAGCUGAUCCAAAGGGCUUCAUUUCUUGUCUGCUCUGGACCAUUUACAUUCCUGGUGCAUCUUUUCCUUUCAACUCACUUUCCAAAACAGCAGCCUUCUCUGAUGUUUCAAAGUACUCAGGUUGA